CCUAUAUAAUACUUAUGAUUAAAUAUGAAUUAAACACUUUCAAGGAUUCAUAUUAUUUAAUUAAAUCAUAAAAUUAUUAUUAUUAUUAGGUUAUAAAUAUGUAUUACAAAAUUAAAGAGAACGGAAAUGAAUUUUUGGUAAAUUAUUUACAUGUUAUUCAUUGAUAAUGUAAAGUUGUAUAUACCCUUGACUACAUAAAUUUGUAUAUGACCAAUCAUAAUAAAGUAAAAUGAAAAUUAUUAAAUUACACAUAAAAAUAUAAUCUGCAUUUAUAAUGGAUUAAUAAUAAAAAUGUUUCUAAAUAUAUUUAUAUUAAGAUUAUUAUGAUUAUGAUUAUUGACAUGAUGAUUGUCCUUAUUAAAAUUCAAUAUAUAACUUUCUCAUGUGGAAUUGAUCUAUCUAUGUGAUAGUGGAUUAACUUAAUUGUGGAAAAUACUUAUAGUGUAACUUCUUAAUUUAUGUUUUUUUUCUUCAAAAGAUUGUUAUCAAUUUUUUAUAUUAGAACCAUAAAAUAAAUCAAACUUUAUUGAUUUAAUUGACAAAUAAUUCAAUAAAUCUUGAUCUAGAUCAGUUUAAAUAGAUUACAAUAUCCUGUAAUGGCAAAUUCAUCUAAUAUCACAAUUAAUAAUGAUGUUGAAGAUUUGAUAAAUAAGGAAUUAAAUCAAGAAGAACAAAAUAUUGUAGAUUGUUCUGACAACGAUAUUCCUUUCUCAAUGACAAGUGAACAUAAAUUAGAUGAUUCAAAUCAACAUGAUAAUGUAAACGUAACUGAAUCAUCAAGUGAAUAUAUCAUAGAUAACAAAAAUGGUCUAAUAACUGAAGUUGAAACACAAAAUCUAACACAAAUUGGAUCCAGUGAUAAUUUGAAAUUAGAAUGUGAAGAAAUACAUUCAAAUGUAAAUGAGAAUAAUGAUAAAGAAUCACAUAAUACCAGUGAAUUAUGUGUAAACGAGAAGAUAAUAUCUCAUAAUGAUAUUACAGAAUUUCAGAUGAAUGACGACAAAGAAACAAAACUUAAAUUAGAAUCUUCAAAGUCCAGUAAUCAAUGUGAUCAAGAGUUUUACACAAGUAAAUUCCUUGAACAUACCUCUGUAGAAGUGUUAGAACCUACAGCUUUAAUAACUGACUACAAUGAUCCCACUGAAAAAUAUGUAGAAGAAAAUCACCCUCCUAGUGAUAAAUUAGAGACAUAUUCAAAUAUUAUAGACGACCGAGAAGGUGAAAGUAACAUGAAUGCUGCAAAGUUAGAGUUUUCGGAUAUAAGAGAAAGUAAAGACAUGAUUGAUGUACAUAGUCCUUUAGAAGUAACAAGUUUAUCAAGUUUGAAAAACGAUGAAAUAGACAAGAAUAAAUGUGAAACAGUACUCGAAGAGUCGUUUGAUCAUUUUACUGAAGAAAAAGUUAUACCUCAAAUUCAUGAAAACGUACACUUGACUGAGGAAAAUGAAAAAUCCGAACAGUUAUUUGAGAGAAUCACACCACAAGAAGUAAUGAGUCUAACUGAACCAGGUAAACACAUUCCCACUGAUAAAAAUGAUAUACCGUUUGACUUUAUUGUACAUGAUGUAAAUGACGAAAUAGAUGAAAAUCUAAGAGGGAUUAGUAUAAGUGGUGUUGAAGGCAUUAUUCAAACACCUCAUGAGAAAAUCGAAACAAAAUUUGAUUACGAUAUAUCUACAUCAGUUGAUCAACCAAAUAAUGGAAGUGACGAACAGUCAGACACUCAAGUAAAUCAUAAUGAAGAGGAAAUAUGCAAUAUACCAUCUAAAUCUUAUACCAUGGAUUAUACUUCAUUUGUAGACCACUCAAAAGAUGUCGAAUUUCCUGUAGUAGAAGAACAGACAACUACAGAAUUUGAAUCCCAUCAUAAAGAAAGAGACAACAGUGAUAUCAUAAAUACACCUUCCCCUAGUUUGAAUCAUACGACAGAACAACAAAAUUUCAGAGCUGACAUCAUUACAGAUUACCUUAAUAAAGACGAUUAUGACGAUGACAAAACCAAACUGUAUACUGAAGAUCAAGGUAAUGUUGGAAAACAAGACCGCUUACAGUGUUCGAUGAAUAGUGACUCAUCAAAUCUUCAACAAACUAACUCUCCAUCAAUAAAUGACGUAAAACAUACUGAAAUCGAUGAGAUAAAAAACCGAAUUUCAUUAUCUGAUAAAGACAUAUGUGAAGAAAAUGGCCUGGAAAGUGGUCCAUUAUUGUACGCUACACAAAAUCUUAUCAAUGAGUUACAGACAGUUGAGCACUUAACAGAUGACAGACCGGAACCGUUGAAUAUCGCUGUAGAUAUUCAAGGUGAUGAAUUAUAUAACGCUAAAAUACAUAAAAGGUCAACAGUGGAAUGUUACGUAACAGAGCGGCAUUCUAAUGAUGGUGAUAAACAUAGUAUCAGUAAUUAUGAAGUAGAAAACAUUUCACCCAAAUAUUUUGAAGAACAUCAAUCAUUAAGAGAUCAAAGUAAUCAAAAUGAAUCAACUCCGGAAGAGUUAAACAACCAACUGAAAUCAAAACCUUUAAAUGAUAUGAAUAAAAAUACGGCACUUAGGAGGAUACGCAAUGAUGUUGAUGAGAUAAGCCUGAAUUCAGAAGGUGAACAGAGAACCGAGUUUGAACAACGUUAUGCAGAAUUAAUUGCAAAGUAUCUGCCAGUUGAGAGACAAUCAAAAAAGAAUGAUAGAUCAAGGCGAACUAAAACAUUAGACAGAUAUAGUAAAUCCAAAUUUAAUGAGAAUAGAUACUCAUAUAUAGAUACAAGUGAUGUUAAAAAAAGAUCAGUAACCCUGGAACGCAACGAAUUUAGACGUAAACGACGCCUGCAACCAAAACCAUCUGUUAAUGAUGAUUACUUGUAUCCAGAUUCAGUAACACCAUCUAAGGUAGACAAAAGUAUAAGUGUACGAAGUUUAGAGGAGGGUAUUCCAGAAGGUGCCUACGAUGUACCAUAUAUUGAUGAUGACGCUUUCUUGCCACGAAGAUUACGUGAAAAUAAAGGUGAAGAUAAUGGAUCAGAUGAAGGUAGUAGUCUGAGUCUGGAAGAAGAUUACUGCUCAUGGAAUCCUGACAGAUUUAGUAGACUAGAAGCUAAUCAUAUAGCUGAUACUAACGAAUGUGCUCCCACUCCAGAAAAUCAACCAAAAUCAAAAACAAUAACGUCAAUAUUAAGUAAAAAGAAGAAAGAUCAACCAAAACAGAUUUUAAUCGUUCAACCGACAACAAAUGGUAAUAAAUCAAAGAAUAAAGGAAAAUCAUUGAUCUGUGGAUGUGUUAGUAGAAAAUCAAAAAACCGAUAACAAAACUUAGAAAAAUCAAUUAACCAAAUAAAUAAAUAAUCCAAUUUGUAUGUGUGUUUUUGUUUGAUUAACAAAACAUUUUUUUUCUUCAUCAUUUUCCUCAUAUAGAUCCGUUAACAAAAAAAUAAAACAUGAUGAAUGAUAUUUGAAAACAUUAUCUUAUCUCCAUGGAAAAAGUAAUAAUAAUAAUAAUCGUACAUAGAAACAAUUUGUUCUUUCACAAAAUAUUCAACAACUUUAAUUAUUUAGUUUGAUAAAAUUAACUCAAUCAAUCAUUUAAACGUUUUAUGAAUGAUUUAAUUUAAACAAUUUUAAAAGAAUUUACAUAGAUACCAAUACAUACCUACUAAAAUAUGGUUAAAGCUUCAUUUAUUUCGACUCAGUGUUUUAUAAAUUUAAUACAAAUAACGAUCGAUAAUUGAAUUCUUAUCCAUUUUUUUUUCAUUUAGCAACGAAUUAAUAAAUAAAUAUCUACCAUAUAUAUUAUAUUAUAAAUAUGAACACAUUGUCUUUGAAUUGAUAUCGAAAAUCAAUAAAAUGUUGAUAAUUUAAAAUAAAAUAAUAAAACAUUAACCAUUUUAAAUUUACUGUAAUUUAAUACGUUUUUUUAAUUUUUAUUUUCUCUCUCUCUCUCGUUCUCUUUUUCUCUUCAGUUAAAUAAAUUAUUUUUCAUUUUAGUUUUUUUUCAUUCUCUUUUAUUCAGUUAACUAACAUUUGGUUUUGUUUCUCAAUUAUUCAUUAUAUAACUAAGAGGUUGUUUUCUUUUUCCUUUUAUUUUUCAUGUUCAUAAAAUAAAAUAAAACCAAAACAAGAAAAGAAAAGAAAACAGUAUUAUCUCACCGUAGUUGAGAGAGAGAGAGAGAAAAGGGGGGUGAAUAAUAUUAUUUCAAAGCUGUAAGAUAUUUACUUGUAAAUCAAUGAGAAUAUGAUAGUUUCACGUUGAAUAAUUGAUUAUUUGAUUUAUUCUUUUUAUGAAAUUUUCCUUUUUUUCGAUUUUAAUCAUUUAUUUCGAUUUAUUAAAACAAAAAAAGAGAAAAAAAAGAAAAAGAAUGAAUCAGUCAAUCAAUCAUUUAAUUAAAAAUUAUCUAAUCAAUUAUUCAAUUAUUGUGUAACAUUUAAAAUGAUUUAAUAUUACUAUUCAAUGUAGUUCCUUAUCAUUGAUUAUUUGUGCACUAUUUUUAAUAUUAUUAACACUGGAAACAAAGUUAUUAUGUCAUUAUGAGGCUGAUUUUAAUGCCAUGUAAUAAACAUUUCGUGAUA